AAAAUUGAUUAGUAAAAUUAAUAGAAUGAAAAGUUGAUGAAAUUAAUUCCUAGGCUUUUUAUUAUUGAUUUUUAAUUUGUUGAUUUAUUAUUUUGUUUACAAUUAUUUAAAUUGAGUUCAUAGUUUAGAAUUAUUCAUCUUAAUUUUAAAUCACUAAAUAGAAAGUGAAAAAUGAUUAUUGGUAAAUGGUUAAUAAUCUUUAUGGGACGAUCUCUGUUCUUACAGACUUUAUUACUUGACACGACUACGUAUACUUGCGUACAGAAUUUACAGAUCACAUGGUGUCCUACAAAUUAAUCAGGAAGGGUCACACAUUAGCUCUGAGGACCCGAGCUCCACUUCCCGUCAUCCCCGAGCUCCCCUUUUCUCAAGAGGCCUUUCUAGCCAAUGAGGACGUCGAGGAGGAAGAAGAUGUGACACCGUUGGUGCAAAAAAGGUGAGCUCCUGAAGAUAAUCAGGGGCCCAAUCCUGAGCGAGAUGCGUCCGGGGCGGCGGCUAGUCCUUCCAGCCAAGGUGAAGAGAUGGAGUUGUCGGGAGCUCCAAAUUUAAGGGGUGCCUUUAAGGCCGGAGGGUCCGGAGUUGGUCCUGUGGUAAAAAGGCCUAGGGUGGCAAAGAAGACCACCCCUAAGACUGGGGGUACCUCAAAGUCCCCUCCUAAGGGUAAAGGUACAAGAACUGCUCGGGAGCAGCCAAAAAAAGAGCUCCCCCCCAACUCCAGUAACAACUGUCACAGUCCAGCAAGUUCCUCCUCAACACAUGCCUUCCUCACAUCCUCAAGUGAUUCAAACCAAGGCCCCCAUCCAAAGUGAGACUCCCCUCGUCCGGAUACCGAUUGAGCCACACGAUCUGGACAAGAUCCCUGAGGCUUUUCGGGGUAUCAUGUAUGAGACGGCGAGUCACAUGGUGGGCCAUGCGUACAAAGCUAGUGCCAAGGAUCUGAGGGCCAUAGAAGAGCACAACCCAGAAGACGUCCUCGAAUCUACUAUAGGGAUGAACCUCACUUCUGUCUUGGCUCAAUAUCGAAGCAUAGCUCGUGUUAAAGCCAGGAACGAGGAACUCCGAGCUGCCUUAAUCGUUGUCCAAGAGAAUGAACAGGUCGCCAGAGCCGCUCUGAGUGUUACUCAAGAGAGUGAGCAUGCUUCCAAAGCUGCUAUUAUUUCUUCUCAAGAGGGCGAGUAGUCUGCGAAGGCCGCCCUGUCAACCUCUCAGUCUCAGGUCGAGGAGGCAAGUCACUGUGCUGAUUAGCUUUAGGUUGAGAAUGAUGAACUCAAAGAAAAUUUGAUCGAGGCCGAGGCUAAGGCCAAGGAGGAAGCUGCAAUCUCCUCGUCGCAAAUGGAGGAUAUGCUUUAUCAUGGCUGGGCUUUUAACCAGGACUGGAAAUUCUCUUUCAUGCAGCCUGAGUUGUGGGACCCGUAUCUUGCUAGAUUCAAGAUUCAGUUUUCGCAGGAACCCUCGGAGACUGGCGAGGCUUCUGGAGCUGCAGAGGGAGAUGGUGAGGAGGUCACCUCAGUGGAGCGUGCUGAUGGAGCUCAAUGACUAUUUUAUUGUUUUUAUUAUUUUUUAAGCUCUUGUAACAAUCCCUCGGGAUCAACACAAUUGCCUUCGGGCUUAGUUCAAGGAUUUUUCUCCUCGAGAUGACAAUAUAUUUUUUAUUUGAAUAUACACCUAA